AUGUUGCCCAAUGUCACAGUUAAACCUCUGGAUCUGGAGUUUACCAUAACUUCAGAAGCCACUACAGAGGUUCCACCACCAGUCCAGCAGGAAACCACAACUCAAUCUCCAGAGCUCCUUGAUGAGAUUGAACCUAUUCCAAGCCAGCUGGUGGCCCCAACUCAAACUCCAGAGCAUCCUACAGAGGAUGAACCUUCUCCAAACCAGCAAGAAGAGUCAUCACAGACUCCAGAGUCCACUGAGAAGGUUGAACCUUCUCCAGUCCAGGAGGAGGGCCCAACAAAGCCUGCAGAUCCCACUGAAGAGGUCCAACUUACUUCAGGCCAGCAAGAAGCCACAGUCCAUCUUCCAGAGGAACCUGAGGAGGAUGAACCUCCUCCAAACAUGCAGGAGACCCCACCUGAGACUUCAGAGCCUCCUACAGAGGUGGUAACUCAACAUCCAGGGGAUCAUGCAGCAACAGUUUUACCUAUAGGUCAGAAUGAAGCUCAGUAUCCAACAGUGCCCCAAACCACAGUUAAACAUCUGGAUCUGGAGCUUACAAUAACUUCACAACCCACUACAGAGGCAGGACCUUCCCCAAGCCAGCUAGAGGCUUCAUCCCAACCUCCAGUUGAACCUUCUCUAUUCCAUCAGGAAGCCUCAGUUCAGCCUCCAGAACACUUUGAGGAAGUAAACCCUUCUUCAGCUCAGCAAGAGGUGCUAGCUCAACCUCCAGAAUCCCCUGUGCAGGCAGAGAUUUCUCCAGCCCAGCAGGAGGCCCCAGCUCAGUCUCCUGAGCCCCCUAAGGAAAUCGAGCCUUCUCCAGGCCAGCAGGAGGCCCCAACUCAAUCUCCUGAGCCUCUUAUGCAGACAGAACCAUCUCCAAUUCAGCAAGAGGCCCCAUCUCAGCAUCCAGCCCCCCAUAAGGAUGUUGAGCCUUCUCUAGCCCAAGAGAGCUCUGUUCAGUCUCCUGAGCCUCCUAUGCAGAUAGAACCUUCUCCAACCCAGCAAGAGGCCUCAUCUCAGCUUCUAGAGCCCCUUAAGGAAGUUGAACCUUCUCCAGUCCAGCAGGGAUUCUCCACUCAGUCUCCUGGACCACCUAUGCUGGUAGAAGCUUCUUCAACUCAGCAGGAGAUCCCAUCUCAGCCUCCAGGGCCCCCUAAGGAAAUUGAACCUUCUCCACUCCAGCAGGGAGUUGAAACUCAGGCUCCUGAGUCCCCUAUGCAGGUCGAACCUUCUUCAACUCAACAGGAGAUCCUAUUUCAGCCUACAGAGCCUCCUAAAGAAGUUGGGCUUUCUCCUACUCAGGAGAUUCCACCUCAGUCUCCAGAACUACCUAACGGGACACCAUAUCCAGUACAGCAGGAGGUCUCCAAUCCACCUCCACAGCCCCCUGAAUUAGUAGGCCAACUUUCUCUAGUCCAGCAGGAAACACCUACUCCAUUUAAAGAGCCCCCUGCAAAUGCAGAGCAGGAGAUGCCAACUGCACCUCCAGAACCCCCUAAGGAGAUAGAACCUUCUCCAGUCCAGAUGGAGUCUCCAGCUCUACCUCCAGAGUCCUCUGAGAAUAACCCACCAUCUCUAGCCCAACAGGCAGCCUCUGCCCUGCCUGCAGAACCCCCUAAAGUGGUUGAACCUUCUUCAAUCCAGCAAGAAGUCCCAGUUUCACCGUCAGGUGAAAUAGAGCCUUCUCCAUCCCUGCAGGAAGUCCCACCUCAGGUUCCUGAGCCCUCUAAGGAGGCUGUGCCUUCUCCAACCCAGCAGGAGGUACAAGUGCAUCCUUCAGAGCCCCAUAAAGAGAUGGUGCCUUCUGCAGUCCAGCAGGAGACUCCAUAUCAGCCUCCUAUGUCUGCUAAUGAGGUGGAAUCUUCAAUCCAGCAGGAAUCUCCAACACAGUCUUCAGAGCCUACUGAGAUGGUGGAAUCUUUGACAACCCAACAGUGGACCCCAGCUCAACCUCUGGAACCUCCUAAGGAGGGUGUGGCUCAACAUCCAGUGUUCGAUGAGGUGACAAUUCCACCAACAGGCCAAUAUCAAGCUCAAUACUUAAGCCUACCCAGCGUCACAGCUCAACAUAUUGACCUGGAGCUUACCAUAACCCCAGAACACACUAUGGAAGUUGAGCAUUCUACAACCCCACAGAAAACUAUAACUCCUCCAAAUUGUCCUGAGGUGACACUUGUACAUUCAGAGCAGGUUCAGGCUCAGCAGCCAAACCUGACUGAAGUCACAGUUUAA